AUGAGAUGCAAAAAUCAGAAUUGUUACUCCCUUGAGCAUCAGCUGCAUAAUUCAGCACAAAUUGCUCGGAAAGAGCUGCUGAAUCCUUUGGAGCAUUCCAUGAGGUUGAAAUUGAAUCCGAAUUACCAUGUUGUUGAUCUGAACGAAGUUCCUAAUGGAGAAUCUGACGAAUUCGACCCUGAUGAAGAUUCUGACGGAAAGAUUCCGAGUCUACGCCUAUGGUUUGCUGUGAUAUCUGCCAACGUUGGGUGCCCUGUCCGUGUGAAGUACAUGCAAUCUCAAGCAGAUGGAAAUAUGCAUUAUGUAUGUCCAGCAUGCCGGGAAGAAUGCAACCAUGUUAGGAAUCUCGAAGAAGCUGUUCAGGAGCUUUAG